UCGUUUGAAGCGUCAAAUGUUUUCAUCGCAAACGCCGAUCGAUACGGAUUGUUGGUUUGUUGGUGUUCCGGCAUUGAACAGAAGCUGGUACGGAUUGUUGUUGCAAAAGGUCGGCAAAUACCAAAGCACAAACACACAAAACAAUGGUUCGUCCGGGAAUGAUGCGCGGCGGAGGCCGAGGCGGCAUGGGAAUGGGCAUGCGUGUGCGUGGGGCACCGUUCAUGAACAAGAAAACGUUCCUUCCCCGCCACCCGUUCGAUCUGACGCUCGCCGAGAUGGCCUUUCCCCGGGUGCAGCCGGCGCAGGACGACUCCGUGCUAACCAAUGCGCUGCUGAAGCGCAGCCAGGACCUCACACCGGCCGCAGCGGAACAAACGGCCAUCUCGAACCUUGUCUCGAAGGUGCAGGCCGUACUGGAUAACAUUGUAAUUGCACCCGGCGACUUUACCAAGUGCCAGCUGGAGGAGGUACGCCAGGUAGGCUCGUUCAAGAAGGGCACCAUGAUGGCCGGUAGCAAUGUGGCCGACAUCGUGAUCAUCCUGAAGUCGCUCCCCACGAGGGACUGCGCCGAAACGCUCGGCAAGAAGGUGGAGGAGGAUCUGGAAAAGUCGAUGAAAACGGAAGUCGUCCCAACGGCGGAAGCCCUAUCGCUGUCGUUCAGCGAGAAGGGGUUCGAAAUCUCAAACUCCCUCGCGAAGGUGCGCUGCCUGAUUGCCACGCUGCCCCAGAACAUGCGCAAGCUGGAGACGGAGAAGCAUCUGGAUUUUAAAAUCAUCCAAAGCCACCUGGCCGCUAUCCGGCACACGCGCUGGUUCGAGGAGAACGCACACCAUUCCACCAUUAAGGUGCUGAUUCGCAUACUGAAAGAUCUGGCCCGCCGGUUCGAUGGGUUCAAGCCGCUCAAUCCGUGGAUUUGCGAUCUGCUCGCCCAUUCCGCCAUCAUGAACAACCCGAGCCGCCAGGCGCUGCCGGUGAACGUGGCCUUCCGGCGCGUGUUUCAGCUGCUCGCUUCGGGGCUGUUCGUGCCCGGUUCGGCUGGCAUUACCGAUCCUUGUGAGGUGGGCCACUUCCGGGUGCACACGUCGAUGACGCUGGUACAGCAGGACGAAUGCUGCAUGACGGCCCAAACGCUGGUGCGGGUGCUGGCCCACGGUGGAUACAAGCACAUACUCGGGUUCGUGGAGAACACAACCGUCGCGAACGAAAUGUCCGUUUGGGACGGGGUGGUCGUUUCGCCGAUGGAACCGGCGUACGAAAAGCCGUCGGAAAAGAAGGACGGCGAAGAGGACGACAUGGAGUGCGUCGAGGGAGAAACGAUUAGCGAAGAGCCGAUCGAGUGAAGCCAGUGUCCAGCUGCUCUUGACGCGUUAAGAUUAGUAUUUUAUUCGGAACACUUGACUUUUUGUCGACUAAACGAACACGUGUGGAUUAAUGUUAACUUAACCCUUUGGUAAUUGCCGUGAACUUAAUAAAUCAACUACCAUAUGAUAAAACAAAAAUAAAA